AAAUAUUUGGGAAUACACAAAAAGACGAGAGAGCCUUGGUUCACUUGCAGUUUGGUUUGGCACCCUUUUUCUUCUGAGUUGUUAAAUUAGUAAGAAAUAACAAAGCUCUGCCCAUGGCGAAUUUGGCCGAUGCUUCAUCUUCUUCUUCUGCUCCUUUGGAGGAAGACGAGGAGCUGUUUUACGGAGCUGAAUCAGGUUGGGUGGAGGCUAAAACCACCUGCGAUCACUUGCCUUCCCUCUCCUCCGAUCUCACUCAUAUUCCCACACCUCACACUCCUUGCCACACGUGUCAACACCCAAAAGAGAACUGGCUGUGUUUGUGCUGCAAGGAGGUAUUGUGUAGCCGUUUCGUGAACAAGCACAUGCUCAAUCACUAUCACCAAACACACCAUUCUCUUGCACUCAGCUACAGUGAUUUAUCAGUUUGGUGCUUCGCCUGCGACGCCUACUUGGAUGCGCAGUUGAUCCAGCAACUGCGGCCGGUCUAUGAAACUGCUUACCAUCUGAAAUUUGGCGAGGCCCCUCCCUUUCGGUCAGUUUAACAUCAUCAAUGAACAAUAAUCAGAGAAGGGUUCAUGGAUGUGGUUUGCUUUGUUUUUGUGACCAUUUAGCUUUGCUAGUGACUUUUGAUGUUGUAGUGAACAAAUAGAAUCAAAAUGCGUCCCUUUGUUUAUGUACAUUUCAACAACAUUGCUACCCAUCUACAGGUUUCUAUCCAUGUUAAAUUGCUUCAUAAAGAAACUCUAUUAUGAUCUUAAGCUGCCUUUAUAAAAACAGCUUGUAUGAAACAUUGGAGGAAUUACUACCACUUCUAUGAGAUGUCAACAAUA